AUGGGUGAACACUCGAACGCGACAAUUUGGCACUCGAUCAAGGGCAACCCUAAGGUCUUGUUCAUCGCUUUAUUCGCCUCGAAUCGUUCCGAGCUGACUCCUGGGUAUANNGGCCAGUCGUUGGUCAUGACCCGAUUCACUGAGGACUUCCCGACUGUUGUCAAAUCUGCUGGAGCCACAGGGUGGCUUACUUCUAUCCUUCAACUCGGUGGUCUUCUCGGAUCUCUUACGGCCGGUGUUCUGAGCGAGCUCAUCUCGAGAAAGUACACCAUGUUUGUGGCCUGCUGCUGGGUCAUCCUAGGCAGUUUUCUCUAUGUCGGUGCUCAACCUGGUAUGCCAUCGCUUUUGUAUGCCGGCCGAUUUUUCACUGGUGUCGGUGUCGGACUUUUCAGUGGUGUCGGACCGCUUUACAAUGCUGAACUUUCCGCUCCCCAUAUGAGAGGAUUGCUCGUCUCCUUCUACCAACUGGCAACCAUCCUUGGCAUCAUGCUUUCCUUCUGGGUUGGUUAUGGCAGCAACUAUAUCGGUGGCACCGGCAGUGGCCAGUCGAAUCUCGCAUGGCGUCUCCCCUCGAUCAUCCAAGGCAUUCCCGCUGUCUGUCUCGCUGUUGGAAUCUGGUUCAUGCCAUUCUCACCCAGAUGGCUGGUCAAGAUGGGCCGUGACGACGAAGCCAAGAACACGCUCGCAUGGCUGCGCAAGCUCCCAAUCGAUCACGAUGAAGUCGAUGCCGAAUACCUCGAGAUCAAGGCGGAAGCACUAUUCGAGCAGAAGGCCUUUGCUCGCGACUUCCCCGUUCUCGCCGAGCAACGCCAGAGCCGCCUCAAGCAUCAACUUGCACAAUACCGUAUGUGCUUCCGAUCGAAGGACAACUUCAAGCGCAUCUGCACGGCAUGGCUUGUCAUGUUCUGGCAACAGUGGUCAGGGAUCGACGCGAUUAUAUACUAUGCAUCCAACGUAUUCAUUAGUCUCGGUCUCACUGGUGGUACGAAUGCUUUGUUGGCCACUGGUGUCACUGGUGUAGUAUUCCUCAUCAGUACCAUUCCUGCCAUGGUACNNUUAAUCAUCGAUAAAGUCGGCCGUAAACCCAUGUUGCUGGUAGGCUCUGUCGUCAUGGGUGUUUGCAUGAUCAUCGUUGGUAUCAUCGUCGCCAAGUUCAGCCACGACUGGCCCAGCCACGUUGCCGCUGGUUGGACUGCCGUCGCUCUCAUCUGGGUCUACAUCGCCGGCUUUGGAGCAACUUGGGGCCCUGUGUCCUGGACGCUCGUUUCUGAGAUCUUCCCUCUCUCUAUCAGAGCAAAGGGCGCUUCAAUCGGUAAGCAAAUGACAUGCCUCGGCGAUGCUUUGGCAAUCACUAACUCAAUAUUCAACANNGGCGCCUCUUCAAACUGGCUCAAUAACUUCGCCAUUGCGUUCUUCGUCCCUCCCAUGUUGGAGGCAUGGCAUUGGGGCACGUACAUCUUUUUCAGCGUCUUCCUCGGUGCCGCUAUCCUGUGGGUGUGGUUUUUCCUUCCCGAGACAAAGAAUGCCACUCUGGAGGAGAUGGACCGUGUCUUCAAGAGUCAGGCCGGUGAGAGAGAUGCUGCGCUGCUUGCAGAGGCCAAGCAAGAGCUCAGCAUGCUUUCGAUCAGGAUGGAGAAGGGUGAAAAGGGGCAUAUGGAGGAGGUUCAAGUGGUGUGA